UAACAAGCUUAAAAAACGCCCUAGCUAAAUUACAUGACGAGAUUAUUCUCUCCAGUAGUGUUGGUGUCUCUCUUCUUAUCACUCUCAUCAGCUAUAUGUUCAGCCACCGUUGAAAACGCGGCGGACUGUGUAGCCGUCGGAACGCUGAUAUCCUCCUGCACUGAGUUUGUGAAUUACGGCUACCCGGAUCCUGUACCCGGUUCAAGCUGCUGCGACGCGAUGACAGUCCUCGGAACUUACUCUGAUUCUUCUGACAAGAGACGCUGGCUCUGUAACUGCUUCAUUGAUCUCAUCAGUGUCUAUAACUCAAACGCCACCGCCAUCUCUACCUUGUCUGGCUUCUGCGGCAUCGUUUUGGGCUUCACCAUCGACCCUAACACCGACUGCAACUUCAUUCAGUGAAGAAGGCAAGGGACAAGACUUUGGUUGUGGAUCAAACUGAACAGAUUGUUUAUGAGUGUCUUUAAUCUAAACAAAUAUGUAUUAAAUUAAACUCAUAGUUCUUGUCUUGUUUAAAAACAGUAACAUCGAUUAGUUUAGAGUUUUGUUUUGAUUGAACAUUUAAUCAAGAAAGAUAAAAAGAACAGAGUUGUGUUCCUUCUUA